AUGAGUUAGACUCCAGUAUCUUAAACCUCAAUAAUAAGAACUUUAAUUGUAGAUCCUCAUAGCAUCAAUUAGGAUUUAAUUUGUGUGAUAUGUUUACAAUUAGUUGUGAAUCCUAAAGAAUGUAGUUAAUGUCAUACUCUAUUUUGUUCAGAAUGUAUACAAGAAUCAUUAAUAAAAAACAGUAUAAAGUAUAUUAAUUUCGUAGAAAUAUGUCCAAAAAGAUGCAAAGAAGAUUUUAAGGUGGAAAAUAUAAAUAGAAUAGUCAAGAACUUAAUCUCUUAAAUAAAAAUAAAAUGUUUAAAUAAAGGAUGUGAUCAAUAAAUGUAAAUAUAAAACUUAGAUUCUCAUUUGAAGUAAUGUGAAUAUGUAUUAACAAAAUGUCAAUAUACUGAUUGUAAUUUACAAGAUAGUUUAAAAAAUAUUAAAGUUCAUUAAUAACUUUGUAAUCACAGAACUAAAACUUGUGAAAAAUGUGAAGAAAUUCAUAAGAUUAAUCAAUAACAUGAUUGUAUAGUGACCUUAAGAAAAAUAGUUAAAUUAUAAGAGGACCUCAUUAUGGUAUUAUAUACAAGAUUGGAUUGGUUGGAGACUUAAUAACAAUGCUUUCAAGUAAAACAAUAAUUGAAAUGGGUAUUUCCUCCAAAAAUAGCAUAAUGUAGUUAAUGCAAAAAAGAGAAUCUAAAAAUAAGAUACGUCUGCGAACAAAGUGGUGUUAGUUAUUGUCAGAGGUGCAUGAGGCCAAAACUUAAAUAUUUUCAAUGUCCUCUUAAUCAUGAUUUUAUUGAAAGUUAUAGAUAGAAAGUGGAUUCAAAAGAAUGUGAUUUUUGUGGAACCUAAAUAGUCUCUAAAAACUAUUAUGAUUAGAUCUGUGAUUUAAUUCUCUGCCGUACUUGUUAUUAUGAGAAUUGA